AUGGAGGAUUUCCAGUCUCCUAGAAUACGAUCUUAUAAAUCGUAUGAAGGAGAUCGGAACCUCCAAUUGGUUGAUCCUGCCGAUUUAAAACCGGUGAGAGGGAUCUACGUUGUUAGAGAAUCAAAGCGCAACCGAUCUCCCAUGACAUCGGAUCUAUGGCGCAAAAUCUCUUACAAAGACAUGCCCGUUAGACCUAAAAGAGCUUCUUCUCAUUCAACAUCGUUAAAAGGAUGGUGGAACGAUCCGGAGAUAAAGAGAAAGAGACGAGUGGCGAGGAAAGAUGAAGACAUCUCUGAGAAAGAGCUACAAGUGGUUUAA